UUUUCCAACCAGUUGACUCCCUUCGCUUUCUGACCUGUAAACACAAAGAACAUUUGAACUGAAUCCUUGAUUGGGGGAACUGUUGCUCCAGCCUGUGCAGAGAGCUGUAGCUGACUGAUUUUCCAUUCAUGCGUGUGUUUUUGUUUGUGUGUACAAACCAUUAAAGGUCUUCCUCCUCUAGAUUCAUCCUUUGCUACGUUCCUCCCUGGACGACCAACUGAAGAGAGAUGGGGCCUCGUACAGCAGCAGAGGGUGCUUCUAAAAGUGAGAAACUGGUCUCGAGUGGAAGCUGCACCGGUCCAGCAAAACCACGACUGAGAAGCAGCAGUGAUGGAAGCAUUUACACCAUGAGGGUGCUCAGUGGCCACAGAGGCUCCUCUCCCCACGUUCUCUACAACCCCAAAUCAGUCUUGAAGAGACCUGUGAGCACAGAGGAGCUGCAAACACCAGGAAGUCCCUACAUCAGGAAAACAUUUACAAUUGUGGGUGACGCAGUGGGUUGGGGCUUCGUGGUCCGAGGAAGCCAACCCUGUCACAUUCAGGCUGUAGAGCCCUCCGGCCCAGCUGCUGCUGCAGGGAUGAAGGUUCGCCAGUUUGUAGUUUCAGUGAACGGUCUCAAUGUCCUGGAUCUGGACUACCGGACAGUGAGCCACCUGAUCCUAACUGGACCCAGAACUGUGGUGAUGGAGGUGAUGGAGGAGACUGACCACUGAGAGGAAGAGGAAACAGCUGGAGUGUGUAAAUCAUAGAAAGGGUUCUGUUUUUUUUUUCUGAAACGGAAGUUUUCCAUUGGAAAACCGAUGUAGAUAACAUAGUUAGGAAUUUAAUGGAAAGCUGUUGUUGAUUGGAGAAUUUCUGUUUCCAACUCAACCAGAAGCUGCAUGAUGUUAAAUUUCUUUUAUUUCAUUUGUUUGACAUGCUUGUUUACACAAAUUUGUUCUGUUCAGACCUCUUUCGGACCCAGUCUUCUGACGGGAUGUUUAAAAAACUUGAUCUGGACGAA